GUGCCCUAAAAAUUACAUGCAACAGGACUGUAUGCAAGUUCCUUUGUGUAAGGUCGGGGGGGAUUAAACGUUUGGAAGAAAAUUCCUUGCAGUGCCUCAAGACAGGAUUGCUGAAUAAUCUAACUAGUUCCACAUGCACACCCUUUUGACAAAAGUCGAACAAUACUAGCUUAGAUGAUUUUUUUUUCCGUCUGUUCAAGUCUCCAGGCUGUUGUUGUUGGGUUUUUUUUUAAUUUGUCUGUUUUCUUUCCUGCUCUUUUUCCUUCUUAUUGUUAUCUUCCAGCCAAGCUCUUUGGGCUCCCUAAACUCUGACCCACUAUUUGAUCCAUCCAACAGCUUCUCUACCAUUGCAGAAAUUCAUUCUCCUUCUGCCACAGUAGUCCCUACUGCAGUUUCCCCAACACCAAGUCUCCCUUCUAAACCAAACGGUCACUCUCCACUGCCCUCCUCUCCAGCAAUCUUAGAGUUACGCAUAGUGGAAGAUUUCAAUGACACUGUUCUGCGGUGUAGUGCCCUAAAUUCUGCCCCUUCUGCCCUUCACUCAACCACUUCAUUUGCAACCAUUUCCAGUACUCUAUACUCCCCUUCAAAUCCACAUCCAGACCAGGUUUUCAAUGAUUCUGUCUCCACGCUGAGCACUGACCUGGAGUCACCUGUGGGUUUGUCACAGACCAUCACUACUACCACAACCACUGUGUCUACCAUCAGCCCUGGCAAUCAACAGCAUAUCCCUGCCAAUCCUGAGAACCUUCUUCCCAGCAGCAGGACUAAAUCAGCUCAAGUGUUUUCUGUGCCCAUUGCUAAAUCUCAAAGUCCAUUAAUUCAAUCUUCUAAUGAUGUCUGUCUUGUGACCAGUCCAGAGCCUAAAUUUCCUGCUACAUCUCCCAUCUUUACAUCUGUACCUGGUCGUGAAUCACCUGUCAUACAAUCCCCAUCACCUCCUAAACCUGCUUCUCCUGACAUCACCACACCUCCUGUGCAUUCUGUAUCAGUGCCCAAGAUCUCAAGUCUUUCAGCAGUGCUACCUGAGCCAGUUAUUGUUACCACAAAACCACUUUAUCCUAUGAAGCCUGAGGCUCCGGCUCUGGAGACUUCUCUUGAUGAUGCUUUGGAUAAUCUCCUCACCAUGAAUGUCAGUAAGCCUGAGCCUGAGUCCCAAAAUGGGGCUACAACAGUUUGUAAGAUGAAUUCAGUAGAACACCCACAAGUGAUUCAGGGGAUGCAUACUGCAAUAGACCAUAGGGUGAUGCAGCUGGACAUGCACAGAGAGUGCACAGCAGGAGAUGGGCUUCUUGAGGACCAGUCUGAUUGUAGGAGUGAACUUCUGGACUGGGCUGAUAUGGAGCUGAAGCUGUCAUAUGAUGGCGCGGAUGGCUCCAUGACUCCUAUGACUGAGGCUAGCUGGAUGGAUGACUCCCUUACCCCUUCCUCCUGCCCUGGAACCCCAGAUGCCCAGAUGGACCUGCCCACAUUACAUCCUGUCAGCACCAUGGAUAGGAUUUCAGCAUCUGGACAUAUCAAGUCUGUGAUCAGACGUACCAAGGAGACGUCCAAUGUCCAUCCCAUGUACCGGGAUGGCAUUAUUCGCAGGAAGAUGGGCCCAGUAAUCUUCCACAAAAGCAACUCUCAGGAUCGCCUCAUAGAAGAGCUCCAAGGCAAGCUGGGAAUUGCUCGCAAGGAACGCCCCAAGAAACAACCAGAUGAUUGGCUGACCGAGGGCAUCAUUGUCAUGUCGAAUCCUAAACGCUUGCGAGACGACCACAGCAGGGAGGUAGAUAAGAUUAUUAUUCCCCCUGAGUCUCCUAUUCCUCAGAGAAAGGUGAUACCAGCUCCCCAGUCCAGUUCCCCAGCCCCUCACCUCCCACCCCUAGCCAUGGAACCAAAGCCCAGGCCUAUAGUAAAAGCUGUACCAGUUCCACCUCCUCCUCCUCCAGCGCACUCUCUACCUAUUCCUGCCCCCUUUCAGCUUGCUAGGGAAUCCACACCUCCUCCCCAACUCCCUGUAAAAUGUGAGCCUCCUCCAUUCGAAGUUAAGCCCCCUACUCCUGAGCCAGUAGAGCCUCCUCCCCUUCCAACAAAGCCUGCACCAGCGCCACCUCUACCUCAGUCUCCCCCACCUGCCCCUGUUGUCGCUCCCAAAAUGUUGGUGUCUGUGGGAUGUCAAACGGAGUACGAUCCCUUCUUCCCUCACGUGCAGGUGCAGGCAUGGAGUUCUUACUCUAAAGAUGUAGGAGGUGGGGGUGCUCAAGUUGCACCCCUGACUUUUAGUCUUCCUUGAACUGAAAAUAGAGCUGCAACUGCUAAAAAAAAAAAAAAAAAAACUAGAUAAACAUAAAGAAACAGGCCAAACACGAUUUGAGAUUUAGUAGUUUGAGUUUAUAUGUCAGAGAUAGUU